AUGCUGUCCGGAGUUCAGCCGUGUUUCCAGCUGUUGAGAAUCGGCUCGUCCUCCACGGAUUCGGCUCGGGACCUGUACACGUUCCGGCCGGCGCUGACCCACUCAGUGUUUCGGCUGGGCCGUGCGGCAGAGCUGUGUGAUGUCACACUGGACUCAACGUCUGUGUCCCGGAUCCAUGCCGAGCUGCAUGCUGAGAGGGAUGCGGAGGGGGCGGCCGAGGGGGGCUGGAAGGUGCAGAUAAAGGACCGGAGCAGCCAUGGUGAGUUCCACACCAUCCCACAUGAUUACAGUACACCGCUCUUAGAAGAAUCACCAUCGUAGACAUCCAUCUAUGAUGUAGUCUGGUGUCUGUCAUUCUAUCGUUGGGAGGGUUUUGUUAUUUAUUAAAAAAACUAUUUAUACAUAUUCUACAACUACACACACUUAUGUUUAGAUUCCUUAGGUCUCAUUCAACUCUAUUCUACUAGCCUUUCAUCUAAUGAGCUUUCUCCUCCACCUUCCCAUGCCAGGUACCUGGGUAAAUGAAGUCCGUCUGCAGCCAAGUGUCCAAUGGGAGCUCUCAGAUGGUGACACACUCACCUUCGGCGGCCAAUCAGAGAGAGGGAGCCCAGAGUUCUACUUUCUCUUCCAGAAGGUUAGCGUGCGGCCGUUGGACUUCGACGCCAUCACCAUCCCCAAGGCCGGCACCUUCUCCUCCGACCUGAAGAACCGAAUCAGAACGAGCCUGGACCGCAAGGCGGUGGCCAACUUGGAUCUCUCCACGUUGUCCAUCAACAGGGCGACUGUCAUUCUGAAUUCCAUUGGAAGCCUGAGCAAGAUCAAUGGGACUCCUUGGACAUUUAAGAGGAGUGACGGCAAUAUCACAGACCCAAACUCCACCUCCCCGCCUUUUACAUCCUUGGUCCCGCCCUCCACCCCUCCUCCCUUUCCACCUACUACCUCUGUGGCCUCAUCCAAGUCACUCCCGCCGUCAUCCAAGAGCAGGCGCAAGUCAGCCCACACUGUCCUUCUGGAGGAUGGCAGCUCGGACGAGGCCAGGAACCAGCGAAGCUUGAAGGAUGGACAGAGAGGGACAAAGAGAAGGCGCCUCUACAAGUCUGAGUCUGAGGGUUUCCACGCUUCUUUACUCAAAACGGACCAGGAUGUACAACGACAGUUUGAACUGAAGCCUGUGCCUAAACCGAUCGCAAACUGUCACACAAUCGUCGCUAACGGCAAACUCAACCAUGUAUCCUUCAAUAUCAAUCAGAGGCGGGAGAUCGACCCCAACAAUCAAAGGACUGGCCCAAAUAUGAACAUCUCUGUGUUUCGCCAGCAGAAUGUUUUCUCGCCGCCAUCUUCUGGGCGGGGAAGGCGACGGGCUCACAGCUCCCCAGUGUACUCCCCUAUGGUGGUGGGAGGAGAGAGCUACUCGCUGGCGUCCCCGUCCCUGAGGAUCUGCAAAGAGGAGAGUGGACGGGCAGGACAGUUUGCCAGAUUUCACGUCACCACUGGGUGAGAAUGCCCUCAUGACAGCAUCCAAACUACAGUGAUGUUGCUCUAUCAUGUCAUAGUAUUUUUUUUUUCACUGUACAUUUUCCUUCUCUGUAAAUAUAUAUGCUCCGUUGUCUCUUCACAUUCUCAAAUAUAUAUUUUUGGUGAAAUAGAGUGAAUAUAUUGAAAGUCAAAUGUGACACUCACACACCUCGCUUUUCUCCUCCCUCCAGCAAGCGGCGGGGCAGACCAAGGAAGCACCCUCCUCCGCGGCCCUCCCUUCCCCCUCCUUCCUCUUCCUCGUCGUCCUCCUCAUCCUCGUCGUCCUCCUCUUCGAGCUCCUCCUCGUCCUCCUCAGAAGACGAAGAGGAGGGAGUGUCCCAGGGGGUGGAGCCGUGUGCCGCACCUCGCUGCCGCCUGCCCCAGCAGGACACGGUGCAGUGGGUCCAGUGUGACGACUGCGACGCCUGGUACCACCUGGACUGCCUGCACUGUGACCGCAAGAACCUCCUGCUGGACCCCAAUGAAGACUUCCACUGUGGCUGCCGCUGAUUCAGCAGGAGUGGAUCACAGCCCCCUAAACUACAGCACACUUAAUGCCUUAAUCAUACCACAAUGAAUUUGGGGCUUGUUUCUGGAAAAAAUACGAUUGUUGAUUAUAUGAUUAAAGUAGAUGUUGUACAGUGUUUGUGGAGGUUUUUAGGUGCGACUGAGGCUCUUUUGGACAGUGGGGCAGGUCUCAUGUACAUAAUAGUUAGAGGCAGCCCUAAACUGACAUUUUUCAUCCAAGUGUUCAUCCACGCUCGCUCUGUUGGGCAAUGAUUUGAGGUAAACAGUGAAAGCUAGAACUUGGGUUAGCAGUGGUAACCCCGGGGACUGAUAUGAACUGUGUUGAACUAUUUUAGCUACACAAAGGCUACUCUGGUGUACAGUACAAGUCUGGAAACAAGUAGAUAUACAGUAACAGACAGCAGGUUUAUAACUUUGUGAACUAUGUACUUCUAUAUCGGGUUGUGAAUAACCUGCUGUUGAUUGGGGCUAAUGAAGGUGGUAUUGGAGAAUUCACCGAAUUCAUAUCUGCAGUAACACAGUAUGCAUUGCAAUACUCUCAUAAUCACACAAUACGAAUAAUCGAGCAAGGAUAUGCUUAGCUUGGUUCUAUCCUGUUGAGUAAAGAUGUUUACGCAAAAAAGAUGACCAUGGGUUUUCUGUGUUCAUCUUAUCUUUAGUAGUUAAUGUUUUAAUCUUCCCUAAAAGACUGUUUUGAUAUUUUCGAUUUCAGAUCUAUAACAUGCUGACUUAUUUUUUUUCUUUGAAUUAACAUAAGCUUUCUGAUGACUUUGAUUUAUGUCUCUUAACAAUGUACCGUAUGCAUAUCUGUCCAUAACACAUAGGAACUCCACCCAAAAACUAUUUUGG